AUGGAUUCAACCAGCUUCUGCCACCAACGAUCACCGUCGUCAGAUCGCUUCCUCGGCUUCUUCUCAUUCUCACCGCCUUCCUCCGCCGCCGCCGGCGAGGAGCUCAACGAGGCCGAGGUCUUCUGGACCACCGACUUCACCGAGCCCAGCGACGCGCAGAACCCCCGGGUCAGUCUGAUGCGCCGGGUCAACUCCGGUAUACUCGCGGUCCUCCCGGAGCCAGGUCUCCCGGCUCCGGUCCUGUACCGGAAGCCCGCGCUCUCUUCAUCAUCGUCGUCGAAGCCCAUACCUUCAAUCCCGAGAUUUUCUCAGUCUCAGUCUCAGUCGCAGUCGCAGUCUCAGUCCGUGCCGACUUCGAGAAAGUUCCAGAGCUCGGCUCCGAUGAAGGUUCCCAUGCUGUCCAGGGCGGUGGAGAAGCAUCGGAGAAACGACGACCUGGCUGAUGUCGUAGACGAUGAUGACGACGGAGACGACGAGAUGCUGCCGCCGCACGAGCUGGUGGCGAGGGGGUCGGGGCUGUCGGCGAGGACCACGUUCUCGGUGCUGGAAGGCGUGGGGAGGACGCUCAAAGGUAGGGACUUGCGUCAGGUCAGGAAUGCCAUUUGGCGCAAGACUGGGUUUCUUGAUUGA